GGUGAGGGUGAGUGUAAAAGUUGGUUACAAAAGCAACACAGUAGUCGUGCCCUGGGCGGUUCUACUGGUAAAAUUUCCAUAGCACACACACCCGAGGCGAACCUACGGCAAUGGAUUUCGGAUUGAUGGACGACCUGUGCCUGUCGAGGAUACUGGAGUUUCUGGAGCUGCCCGACCAGCUUUCCAUGCUGCAGAGCUACGGACGCUGUCGUCUCCUCCUGGGGGGCAUAUGGCGUCACCGGCUGAGCAGGAUUUCGCUGAAUCUGCUCGAGGUGCCACUGCACGGAGACGACUUCCGGUUCCUCCUGGCGAGCACCUUCCAGCGGCUGCACGAGCUGAGGAUCAGCUACCUGGGCCGGGAUCACUUCGAGGCGCUGGUCGGGCACAGGUUUCCCAAUCUGCGGCUGCUGCAAGUGGAUGUUCUGCCUCCGUUUUUCCUGUGUCCCCUGCAGAGUCUUCAGCUGAUGAAGGUUUUACCAAAGUCCUCUGACCAAGACGGAGUGCCCACAAUGGGGUACAUGCUGCACUGUCAGAUACUUGAUGCCUAGUUGGAAGCUAUCGGGUUCAAUUUUGAUCACUUCCAAAUACUUCGCGCCAUUGGAAAGGGCAGUUUCGGAAAGGUUUGCAUCGUUCAAAAGCGGGAUAGUGGCAUCCUGUACGCCAUGAAAUAUGUGAGUCGCUCCGCCUGCGAGUUGCGCGGAGCACUGGGCGGCGUCAUCAAGGAGGUGGAGCUGCUAUCCUCACUGGAGCAUCCGUUUCUAGUCAAUUUAUGGUUCUCGUUUCAGGAUGAGGAGGACUUGUUCAUGGUCUGCGACCUGUUGACUGGCGGCGACUUAAGAUAUCAUUUACAGAACAGGGUGGAAUUCUCCGAGCAGAGUGUGGCCUUAUUAGUGUGCGAGCUCGGCAGUGCACUGGAGUACUUGCAGACGCACCGAGUGGUCCACAGGGACAUCAAGCCCGACAAUAUUCUACUGGACGAUGCAGGACACGCUCAUUUGACUGAUUUUAAUAUUGCAACGAGGUUGCAAAAGGACGCCUUGGCCUGCAGCAUGUCAGGAACGAAGCCGUAUAUGGCACCCGAGGUGUUUCUGUGCGCCCUAGACGAAGUGGCCGGCUAUAGCUAUCCGGUGGACUGGUGGUCGCUUGGCGUCGUGGCCUAUGAGAUGCGGGGAAACAUUCGACCCUUUGUGGUGCACUCGAACACGCCGCUGGCGGAGAUCAAGAACGUUUUGAACACCCCCGUGCACUAUCCGCGCUACUGGAGCAGCAACUUCGUCGAUCUGCUGCAGAAGCUACUCUCCACGUACCCUGGGGCCAGGAUCAGCACAAAGCAGGAGCUGCAUCAGACCCCGAUGCUACGCAACAUCGACUUCCAAAAGGUGCUCGAGAAGAAGAUAAAGCCCAUCUACAAGCCCCCCGAAGACCACCUCAACUGUGAUCCCUGCCUGGAGCUGGAGGAGAUGAUUGUGGAAACACGGCCCCUGCACAAAAAGAAGAAGCGUCUGGCCAAACAGCGGUCGGCGCAGCGCGACAGCGAUCCCGAGACCGCUCUGGUCAAGGAGUUCAUCGUGUACAACCGCUACAAGGAGCUGAAGCGCAAGGCCAUGGAGCAGAAGGAGAACGACUGGCAGCGCGAGCUGGAACUGGCCAUGGCCAACUCCAUUGUUAAUAGUCUGGCGCCCAUCCAGGAGAAACCCGCCGCUUCCAUCGUGCACGCCGCUGACUGCGCGACCGCAUCCUCCGCCGUCGCCCAAUCAAAGAGUGACAGCAUCGAAUUCAUAGAUCGCACUCCCUCACCGCAGUUCAAGGACAUGGCAACGAACCCCAUUGAAAAAUAACGCCCUUACUACAAAACAAGACACCUUUGCAAAGCAGCAGGUUUCAGAGUGCACAGAUCCCAGGCCCACUUGCCCAACGAUGACUUGAAAACCAUCCAAACAGAGAAUCAGAUAACCAGAGAACCAGAAACUAUUUUUCGAACUCCGCUGAAUUUCACAUUUUGUAUAUGUAUAUAAACAAAAUAUAAGAUUUUAUAUCUUUAGGGUAUUUCAACAGAGUAAAUAGUUUAAGCUCCUUUG